AUGAAGUACUUGGCUGCUUACUUGCUAUUGGUUCAAGGUGGUAACGCAUCUCCAUCUGCUGCAGACAUCAAGUCUGUCAUUGAAGCUGUUGGUGUUGAAGCUGAAGAAGCCAGAAUCAACGAAUUGUUGUCCUCUUUGGAAGGUAAGGGUUCUUUGGAGGAGAUCAUCGCUGAAGGCCAACAAAAGUUUGCUACUGUUCCAGCUGGUGGUGCUGGUGUCUCUGGCGGUGCCGCUGCUGGCGCUGCUGCUGGUGGUGCUGAAGCUGCCGAAGAGGAAGCUGCUGAAGAAGCCAAGGAGGAAUCCGAUGACGACAUGGGUUUCGGUUUGUUCGAUUAA